AUGACUAAAACUAUCAUUUCUAUUCUUCUCUUAGCUUCUACAGCUUCCGCUGCUCUUCUUUGUUCCAAUGGUGGAAAUGGCCCAUGUGUAAUUGGUUCUUGUCUUACCGCUGGUGAAGUUUGUGAUUCCAACGGAGAAAACUGCUGUGCUAUUUCCCAAUUAAUUGAUGAUACAGUAGUUACUACCACCACCGUUGCUACCACUGUUGCUGACGCCACCGCUACUACUGUCGCAGGUGUCACCACUACAGUUUCUGCUACAACUGUCUCCAGUGCUACAACUGCCGCUUGUGUUGAUCUUCGUAACCCUACUACAGGAGUCUCUGACUGUCCAGCCAGGGCUUCUCUCUGUAACGACACAACUUAUUAUGAUAUCAUGACCGUUCAAUGCCCAAGAACUUGCAAUAGAUGUUCAUCAGUGAGCACAACUGUCUCAACUGGAUGCGUCGAUGCUAUCAAUCCAAGAACUGGAGUUUCUGACUGCCCACAACGCACAGGCUUAUGCACAGAUUCCAACUAUAUAGCACUCAUGAGAGUUCAAUGCCCUCGCACUUGCGGUUUCUGUGGUUCUACAACUGUUGGAACAGCCACUACAGCUACAACGACAUGUGUGGACAAAACAGCCGCUAAUGGCACAUCGGACUGUGCACGAAGAGCUAAUCUCUGCAGAAAUGCUGCUUAUAUUACAUUGAUGAGAGAUCAAUGUCCAAGAACUUGUGGCUUCUGCUAA